UAUGAGAGGACAGGGAGGGGCUGCUGGGCUAGCAAAUGUGCUUCCUGCCCAGGAGAGAGAGAGACACACACACACAUCUAUAUAUAAGUCUCUGCUGCAAAUAUAUUUGGAAGACUGCAUAGUAUCAGCUGGGCCUCCUUCUCCACCAGUGCAGCCCUACGUGAAGACUUCAAGAAGCAUGGGAGUCACCUGUGUGUCUCAGAUGCCCGUGGCAGAGGGGAAGAGCGUCCAGCAAACAGUUGAAAUCCUAACAAGGAAACUGGAGCUGCUGGGAGCAGAGAAACAAGGAACAUUUUGUGUGGACUGUGAGACCUACCACACCGCUGCCUCCACCAUGGGCAACCAAGGGCAGGCUGGCAAGCUGAUGUACGUGAUGCAUAACUCUGAAUAUCCCCUCAGCUGUUUCGCUCUCUUUGAAAACGGCCCCUGCCUCAUAGCAGAUGCCAACUUUGAUGUCCUGAUGGUGAAACUGAAAGGCUUUUUCCAAAACGCCAAGGCAAACAAGAUAGAGAGCCGGGGUACGCGGUACCAGUACUGUGACUUCUUGGUGAAGGUUGGCACUGUUACCAUGGGGCCCAGUGCCCGGGGAAUAUCUGUGGAGGUGGAAUACUGCCCAUGUGUGGUAGCCAACGACUGCUGGAACCUGCUCAUGGAGUUCAUGCAAAGCUUCAUGGGGAAUCACACUCCUGGAAACCCAUCCGUGUUUGGCAACAAGCACGACAACAUCUACAGCCCAGGUGACACAAUGGCUCAGUACAUGGAACUGUUCAACAAGAUCCGCAAACAGCAGCAGGUGCCUGUAGCUGGGAUCAGAUGAAGAAGACUCCAGGAGACUUUUUUUUCUUUUUAAAGUGACAAUAUCCUCUCUUUUUCUGAUUGUCCUCAUGGAUCAGGAAUACCAGCCCUUUGCUCAGUAAUGUCCUGAAGAUGUCUUCCCCCUAAAGAAAAACAUCAUUCAUCUCCAUAUAGCAGGGGUAGAAUCAGUUUUUCCUACCUCCAAGCUUGGUCUCAAAUAUAGUGUGUGUUUCAUCCCUUAUUCAGUGGUUAGCCCAUUGGCGCUGGUGUGUCUCAAUGCAACAUCAGUGCUUGAUUCUGGUGAUAAAUGUUCUUCUGCAGGAGGAUAAAGUAGAAAAUGCAGCUGUGUGCGCACACAGGCAGGGUUUUAUUGUCCCUCAUUUUCCUUAGUGGCAGGCUGGUGAAUGUGGGUUUUGGGGAUAUUCAUAUGGAAGCAUUUUGGUACCACUUUAAUAAUAAUUUAAAAAAAAGGCUUAUUUUCAUAUAAAGAUGUGGAGUCUUUUUAUCCAGCAAGGGGGGGGGUGUGGGUGGGUGUGUGUGUGUUUUGUAACAAAUUUCUUUAAUUUUUCUCUGGUGCAGAAGUUAUUUCUUAGCCACGUUUAUCUUUGAUUUUGUUGAGGGGCUUUACACCCUCGAUGGAAAAUAAUUUCCUUUUGUGAUCAAAAAUCUCUCUCAAUUCUUUGCUGUCCCCUUGUGGUUAUGUUCUUAACUUGCCAUCAUCUUUGAUAGCGGAUUAAAACCUUCUGGCUCUCCAAUGAUACAAAUGGAGUCUGGCCUUCCUGAAGGAUUCUUCUCAUCUGUUGAAACAAAGUAUCUGCCACCCUAUCUCAUGGUUAGAAAGGGAACUGAUAACAUUGAUAGAGGUCUCUUUGCUUUAAAUCUCUACUCACCUGCGAAGUCCCAUUGAUUUCAGUGGGACUAUUAAGGUGAGUAAGGGUUUGCAAGCGGGAGACUGUAGAUUUACUGCAGGGCUUGAAUAUCAUACACCAAUGAUUUACUUAUCUGGAUGGAAAGCUAGGGAAAUUCCCUCCCUUUAAGCCAUCUGUGCCCUUGGCUCUAAACACUGAGGAGCUGCCUGGCUGGGGAAUGUAAAUUUCCUCUCUCCUCUUUAUAUUUUUCUGUGGUUUUGUGUUUGCUAAAUAGAUAGCAGCCUGGCUGUUUACCUUGGUUCUGCAGCUGCAGACCUUUGUGUCGCUUCCCCUGAAACGCCUUCCCAAGGAACUUCACAAGUAAAUAGCUGCUAGGCAAGGAUCUUCUCUGCUUAAUUUCAGAAUUCUGCAUCUUUCAAAUGAGCAGAACUAUCCUGGCCCUGCAGCCACUUCUCCUGCUGAACUCCCAUUGAAGUCGGUGGGAGUUCCAUGGCCAGAGGCUUUGCAGGGUUGUCAGUCCUUAACUCAUGCCUUAUGUCACACCAGUUUGAGCAAAUAACCUGAGGGACCAGUGCAUGGCUUCCUUAAAAAACAUGUCCUGCAUCCCCAGCCCAUAGACGGAACUUGCACUGCAGCCCUGUGUCUAAAAAGUAAACUGGGCAAAACAGAAGUCUUGGACCUAAAUAAACCUGAUCUUCCAGGCAAGCUGCAAUCGGACAGGGUCUGGGGAAGAAGAUUGAAGAGAUGUUUCUGGAGGAUUGGAGAGAGAUGAGCUGUUUUAUUGCUUUGAUUUACUGGUUGACUGAGUUGAUUAAUUCAUUAUUUAUAUAUGAUGGGUUUGUUUGUUUGUUUUUCCCUGCUGAAGGGGGGCCAUCAUUUAUGCCUGUAAGUGUAAUUAAUUGUUACGGCACCUAGAGCUUGUUGUAUGGGCAUUUUUUUUUAUUAUUAUUUAACUCUGAAUACAUUCAAUAACAUGGCAGUAGGUCUCAUAAGCCCUGGUUAAAUGCUUUGCAACAAACAGUGUUUAAAUAAACUUGCAAUUUGAACAUAUUGGAAGCCUGGGGAACGAGUUUGGGGUCCAGUCUUGCAACUCAAAGGCAUGUUACUCACUAAACCCUGACUCUCACGCUGACGUCUGGGGAGAGUCUUGUGAGUAAAGCUUUCAGAAUGUGGCCCUUAGCUCGUUAUUACUCUGUGUAAUUAAGUGGGUCUAGGAUCUUUAACCAAAAAAUUCUGCUCUUUGGACAGAUCAUCUUCAUCCUGCUUUCUUUAAUAAAACAAAAAAAAGUACUGUGGAAUUGUGACUGGAAGAUUAGGCACAUCACGUGUUGUAAAUGUCUCUCUUAAUCCAAAAAAGGUUGUGGUAUCUCAGAUGUCUUUUGUAACCAAAGUCACAUGUCUUUAAAGAGUAUAAUAUGUGUGCUAGA